GUAUUGUUGUGCGCUUGGAUCCGAUGGCCUUGCGCUGGUGCUUCCAACUUGCAACCUGCCUAAUCGGGUAAGUAUAGUACGAGGCGCCAGAACCGUCGAUUACUGCCGACAUUCACUGCCCUCCUCACGCUUCUGUAUCUGGUUAGCGGCAGGAAGGUGCAACUCCAACUCCAGUCGGUUAAAACUGCUUCGAAAGACUCCCCCAUCAUUGCUGCGCUAACAUCCACCCCUCGCACACAGCUCCAACGGCCUACGUCUCUUUCCUAUCCUUAGCUUUGUUUGUCGCUUAUCUCGUGUCUUCAAUAAAUAAUCCACCUGAGCCCUCUUCUACCUAUUCACGUGUACACCCGCUGUGACGUACACGCGUGUGCUGCUCUGCAGAUCAAUUCGUCUCUCAUCCCACCUUUGUGGGGUCUUAUGACUAUAAACUCGUUUCUAUACCCCUACCCUACUGACUUCUCGUUGAACAUCUACGACCCUCACGUCCUGCUGCUUCUCUUCACUCGCUUCCUCUGCGUCUGGCUUUGGGUUCUACCAUGUUCCCCUUUGGAAAUCCACUUCACCGCUUGCGCCAUACACAUAGGCAUAAUGUCGACACUCUUGUCUCGUCGCCUGUCCCUGAGCUGUCCGGAUCCCUCGGUGAUCUGGGAACUCUUCUACCCCUCAUGACGGCCCUUGUCCUGACACAGUCCAUAUCUCUCACCGCAACUCUUCUUUUCACUGGCGCUGCAAAUAUUCUAACUGGUUUUGCGUUCGGAAUCCCUUUGCCUGUUCAACCAAUGAAGGCCAUAGCAGCCGUUGCCAUAGCGAGAAACUUUACUAUCCAAGAGAAUGCCGCUGCUGGUAUAGUGGUGGCGGCAUUGGUCGGCUUGUUCAGCGUGACUGGUCUGCUCAAUAAAACGAAUCAAUUCACACCGAUCCCAGUAGUCAAAGGCAUACAGGUGGGGGCUGGCCUGUCGCUAUGUCUCAGUGCUGGAUCUAAUAUGCUCACGCCUUUGACAUGGACCGGUCCCUGGUGGGGUGACAACUUGAUCUGGGCUAUCGCUGCGGCAAUACUCUUGAUGUGUACCUUCUAUUUCCCUAGAAUGCCCUACGCUAUAAUCAUCUUCACUGUGGGGGUGAUACUCUCAGUACUGUCUCCAGAGAAGAACUCGCAUGGCCCGACCGAUACCGCUAUCCCAAUCGUCCAUCCUUCCGGCCAAGAUUUCUGGAAGGCAACAACAACAGCUUCUCUGGGUCAGUUGCCCUUAACAAUCCUCAACUCAGUCAUCGCCGCAUCAGCACUUGCUUCGGAUCUCUUUCCCUCUCCACCAUAUCCCUCUUCACCCUCAGUCACUGAACUAGGCUUAUCGGUUUCCGCUAUUAACCUCGUUGCCUGUUGGUUUGGGGCCAUGCCAGUGUGCCACGGUAGCGGUGGUCUCGCCGGCCAGUACCGAUUUGGAGCACGCAGCGGUUCUAGCAUCAUCAUCCUCGGAACAGCUAAAUUCGUUCUCGGUCUCGUAGCCUUCUUCCAUUCCAGUUCCAUCAUCAAUGUCCUUUCCGGAAUUCCAAAGUCUCUGUUGGGCGUCCUCGUACUCGCAGCCGGCAUCGAACUUGCAAAAGUGGGGGAAAGCAUCAAUACUGACGCCAGGGAUCUACGCAUCAUAGAGAAUGCAAAUGGUUGGGACGGUAAAAAAGUCAAACAGCUCAGCGAGCAGACCAGAAAGGAAAGGUGGACAGUCAUGCUGGUCACUGUUGCCACUUUGCUUGCCUUUCGAAACGAUGCUGUCGGCUUCAUUGCUGGGCUGGGCUGGCAUCUAGGCUUGAAAGCUGCCAAUAAGGUACAGGAGUGGAAAGAGCGUCGUGAGGGCCGGGUGCUUUUGAGAAGAGCUAGUCGGCAGUAUGGUGAGAGGACGGGACUUUUGUUCCACGAAGAGUCGGAUAGAGUUGCUUGA